AUGACAGCGAAAGAAAGUGCUUGUCCUCAUUUAGGUGAUCCUUCAGAUUUAACUAUCGAAGUAAAAAGAGUUCUUUACAGAAACAACAAGAACGAGGAUGAUAAGGCCAUGUGUGAUUUAUGUCAUUUAGACCAUGCUGUUUAUUUAAAUAUGCAUCAUGAUACUCAUAUUGAAGCCUGUCUUUCUUGUUUAAAAAAUAAUACCGAAAAUAAUGACAAUUAUUAUCCUAUUCAAUUAGAACUAGAAACAGGUGACUUGUAUUGUUUCAAAUGUGGCGAUCCUCGUAAGCUAAUGAUAGAAGAAGAUGGGCCUAAGGUAAAAUCAAUUGUGGAAUACAUAAACGCACCAGAGUCAGAAGAAGAUUUAGAUAAAAGACGUAAAGCAGAGCAUCAAUUAUACGUUCAAGAAUUAAGAAGAGAAGAUAUGUCGUUGAAAUUUUAUUUAGUAGAAAAGCAAUGGGGAAGAACAUGGAUGUUAUUUAGAACUCGUGAAGGAUCACCAUUACCAACAAAGAUAACAAAUCAGAAACUAGCACGCGCAAAUGGUACAUUGGAUCCAAACAUUAGAUUGCCUAUGGAUAAAUAUCGUCCUUCACCAGAAACACAUGGUGACAUUGUAAGUGAAAAGCUUUGGGGUUAUUUAUCUAAAGUAUAUGGCGUACAAGGAAGAGCUUAUAGUGAAGAUGAUAUUAUUGCACCAGAAUAUGCUAGAUUGAGAGUUUAUGUGGAUGAUUUCAAGAAGAGUAUUUAUCUUUACCCUUAA